AUGCUCAUGUCGGGUUUCGAACCAACAACCUUCAGCUCAGAGGACACGCGCUCUACCCUCACCCUGACAGCUGCCUCCCUCACCCUCACCUCCCUCACCCUCAUAGCUGCCUUUCUCACCCUCACCUUCCCCCUGGCCCCCGCCUCCCUCACCCUCACCCUGACCUCUGCCUCCCUCACCCUCGCCUCCUUCACCCUCACCUCCUUCACCCUCGCCUCCCUCACCCUCGCCUCCCUCACCCUCGCCUCCCUCACCCUCGCCUCCCUCACCCUCGCCUCCCUCACCCUCGCCUCCCUCACCCUCGCCUCCUUCACCCUUGCCUCCCUUACCCUCGCCUCCCUCACCUCCCUCACCCUUGCCUCCCUAACCCUUGCCUCCCUCACCCUCGCCUCCCUCACCCUCGCCUCCCUCACCCUCGCCUCCCUCACCCUCACCUCCCUCGCCUCCCUCACCCUCGCCUCCCUCACCCUCGCCUCCCUCACCCUCACCCUGACCUCUGCCUCCCUCACCCUCGCCUCCUUCACCCUCACCUCCUUCACCCUCGCCUCCCUCACCCUCGCCUCCCUCACCCCCUCCCUCGCCUCCCUCACCCUCGCCUCCCUCACCCUCGCCUCCCUCACCCUCGCCUCCCUCACCCUCGCCUCCUUCACCCUUGCCUCCCUUACCCUCGCCUCCCUCACCUCCCUCACCCUUGCCUCCCUAACCCUUGCCUCCCUCACCCUCGCCUCCCUCACCCUCGCCUCCCUCACCCUCGCCUCCCUCACCCUCACCUCCCUCGCCUCCCUCACCCUCGCCUCCCUCACCCUCGCCUCCCUCACCCUCACCUCCCUCACCCUCGCCUCCCUCACCCUCGCCUCCUUCACCCUUGCCUCCCUUACCCUCGCCUCCCUCACCUCCCUUCACCCUUGCCUCCCUAACCCUUGCCUCCCUCACCCUUGCUUCCCUCACCCUCGCCUCCCGAAGCCUCGCCACCCUCACCUCCCUCACCCUCACCCUGUCCCCUCCCUCCCUCACCCUGACUGCCACACUCACCCCCGCCUCCCUCAGACCCCCACCUUAACACGUCUCCCUCAGCCUCGCCUCUCUCACCCACCCUCCCCCUUACCCCUGCGCCCUCUCUCAGACCCCCACCUUAACGCCUCCCUUUCCUCAUUGGCACAUUUAAUUAGCAAUAUAAAUGCCAGUGCAUUGUUGCCAAUGACGGCGCUAUCUUUAAAUGAGUCUUUAAAAUGGUUCUUCCGGAUUCGUCACGUGCAGACGUUUCUCUGA